AUGGUCCCUGCUCUUCAAGAACAGCCCCGCAAGAAGCUUCGACGGGCCAAAGGUCCUAGAGUCAGGACUGGAUGCAUCACUUGCAAGCGUCGACAUUUGAAAUGUGAUGAAGCUAGCCCAUCGUGUCUUCGCUGCUUGAAAGAUCGCUUCACAUGUGAAGGCUAUGGGCAUCGCGGUUUGCACUUAGCAUAUGACACGGGAAGCGAGCUUGUGUUUUAUACGCCAUGGAAUCAGAACGCGGUUGUCUCUUCGCCGCCUUCCCUGCGGUCAGCUUUAAUAGAUGGCAUCAGGCUCGGUGCGAUCGAUAACGCUCUUUACUAUCACGCCCGAAAGUGGGUAAUUCCUGACCUGGAAAUGGUUGGAGGUACAAGGGAGGUUUGGCAUGAUAUUAUCCUACCUCUAUCCCACACCAGCAAACCACUGAAAUACGCCCUUUGCGCACUGGGAGCUUCCCACCAGCGAUUCUUGGCUUCAUACCCUGGACAGCUUCCCAACAUGGCUCAUUCCACUGACUACGAAACGCAGGCUAGUCAAAAGUACAGCCAGGCAAUUUCUGUCAUACGCCCAAUCAUGGCCGAGAACAAAAGACUGAACAUCAAGAUCACGCUGCUUUGCUGCACCAUAUUUAUUUGCAUCGAGAACUUGCACAGGCGAUAUGCCGAUUCAGUUCGCCACUUGAAGGCUGGCUACCCGUUGCUGAACCAUCUCUCUGCUCUCGUCGAAUCUGGCAAAGAUUUGUCUGGAAAUAGAACAGGAUAUGGCGACAAUCAUAUCGAUCGCAAGCUCGUUACAACGUUGUCCAAAAUGUUUUUAUCUUUAAGCAAGAACAUUGCUGCCUUCACGGGAGAUGAGUCUUUCCCACAAGCUGAAUUGGCUGAGAUAUCAUUGGACGUAGGGAGACCAGAUGUACCAUUUACGAGUUUGGACGAUGCCGAGGACUGUUUAUCUGCUAUAAAUUCGCUUUCGGAUAAUCUACUUCUCGGCGCGAGUACAAAUCCUGACUUUGCUGACACGCUAGAAGCUCUUUCAGCACUGAGACCAUGCUUCUCUGCUUGGAACUCGCGAUUACAGUUGCUAAACUCUUCAAAACAAUUUCAGUCUCCAAGCCCGAAUGACGCCCGGAGAAUGGCACUAUUGUCGCUAUUCCAAAUUACAUGGUCAGCGUUUCUCCAGCCGAGAUGCGAGGAUGAAGGCUUCCAAAAACAGGAAUACCACAUGAUUCUUGACAAGAUUCAGGAGAUCGUUUUGAUCGAGAAUAUCCAGUCUAGGCCAUCAUUUACAUUUGACGGACACCUUGUAUGUGAGCUUUCUACCAUUUGCGCUUCUUGCCCGGAUGUGGAAAUUAGGACAAAGGCGCUUGGGAUUUUGCGCUCGAUUCGCCGUCGCGAAGGUAUAUGGGAUAGCUGGGAAGUGGCGAAUGUCUAUGAGAAUGUGUUUACGGCGUUGGAAAGUGACCGGUUCACGUGGAACGAUUUGCCUUGGGGGUUUGCACAGCUGUCUAAGAAGCUUAACUUUGGUCCAAUAACUACCAUUCAUUGUUCUUAA